GAACCUCGAUAAUAUUUAAAGCGUUUUGAAAUCAGAUUUAAGACUUAUUUUUAAAUGUUGUUAAUCUGGGAGCUAAAAGCUUAGUUCUACGAACAUUAUUAGGUCAGUCCAGUGAAUCCUCAGCAAUUCUGCUGAAGUCAAAGGAGCUACUCAGAGGCUCAAAACUGAGCAUAUGCUUAAGUAUUUCUCCUGAAAAAGAGAUAUGGAUAUGGUGGAUGGGUUCAGCUGGAUCAUCACUGCAAGGGACAGGCAAAGAUGAUGAAAGAUGGAAAGGUUUUUAGAGUUAUUCAAGAAAACUGCUGGGAUCCAGAAAUAAGGAUUAAAGAGAUGGACCUAUCAGGUGUCACAGUCCAAGUCCUUUCUACGGUCCCUGUAAUGUUCAGCUACUGGGCCAAACCUCAGGACACUUUAGAUCUAUCCCAGAUAUUAAAUAAUGACUUAGCUGCUACAGUAAAAAAGUACCCCAAGAGGUUUAUUGGCUUGGGUACAUUACCUUUGCAAGCUCCAGACCUGGCUGUGAAGGAAAUGCAUCGUUGUGUGAAUGAACUUGGAUUUCCUGGAGUACAAAUAGGAUCUCAUGUCAAUGAAUGGGACCUGAAUGCACCAGAAAUGUAUGACAUCUAUGCUGCUGCUGAGCAAUUGAAUUGCUGUCUCUUUGUGCAUCCCUGGGACAUGCAGGUAGAUGGACGGAUGUCCAAGUACUGGCUUCCCUGGCUGGUAGGCAUGCCAACAGAGACAACCAUAGCCAUUUGCUCCAUGAUUAUGGGAGGAAUUUUUGAAAAAUUUCCUAAGCUGAAAGUCUGCUUCGCACAUGGAGGUGGGUCUUUUCCAUACACAGUGGGGCGAAUCUCUCAUGGAUUCAAUAUGCGCCCUGAUUUGUGUGCAGUGGAUAAUGAGGUGGAUCCAAGAAAGUACCUUGGUUCAUUUUAUACAGACUCUCUCGUCCAUGAUCAUGGUGCACUGAGGCUACUAACAAGCGUAAUAGGAGAGGACAAAGUUAUUUUGGGGACAGAUUAUCCUUUUCCACUGGGGGAACUGGAACCUGGAAAAUUGAUUGAUUCAAUGGAAGAGUUCGACAGUAAACUGAAGGAUAAGCUCAAGGCUGGCAAUGCUCUGGAAUUCUUGGGCCUUAGCAGAAAGCAAUUUGAAUAAUUAUGAAGAUACUAAAGAGACCAAACUUUGGAAACAAUAUKGGAUCAUUUUGAGGUAUUAUGCUGAUAAAAAGAUUGACAAGUACAUUACAGUCUAUUGGUAUUUCCAAAAGCAAGUACUGGAGAUGUGUAUGCAGAGGCAUUUCUUUGUAUUUGAGGAUUUAAGUUCUCUUUACACAAUUUUGAAAUUCCAGCUUUCAUGCAAAAUGGAAGAUUUUAUUUUUUGCAGAUUCUCAGUCAGCACCUCUGAAUGAACAAAAUGUGAAAUUUGCCUUUAUCCAGUGAUUGAAAUUGUAGAAAACUGCACUUUAACCUAGCACUUCAAGUGCUUAUACUGACACUCUAAAUAUAUUGUGAAAGCAUGAAAAAAGUCUAUGGACUGCUCCUUUUAGGCUGCUGCCUAAACAAUCUAAACAAAAUGGUUGUAUGUGCAGAAAUAAUGUGUUUGUCUGGAUAAACCUUUGCACAUCAUUGUACUGUCAAAAUAUAUACUAGU